CCUUGAGAUUCAGCGCAAGGUUCGACCAUCCAUGUUACACUCGAGGAUUAUGUUGUGUUUUUUGUCAUGAAAACCCAAACUGACCAUAUACAUGUAAUACUUCACAGAUGUGUGCUCUAUGUUACCUCACGAGAGUAGAAUCAUUCUCAGCCUGUCAUCGUCUUCAUUCACAACAUCUUAGUAAUGAAGAAAAUGUUAAACUGUUUCAAAAAUGUAAUAAUCCUAUGGGACAUGGUCAUAAUUACAAAUUAGAAGUCACAGUUUCAGGACCUAUCGAUCAAAGAACCGGUAUGAUUAUGAACAUAAGUGACUUGAAAUCGGUUGUUCAAAAACAUGUUCUCGACCUAUUAGAUCAUAAAAAUAUAGAUGAAGAUGUUGAAUAUUUUAAAAAGAAUAGUAUUGUAUCAACUACGGAAAACCUAGCAGUUUUCAUAUGGUCACAAUUAGUCAAUGCUAUCCCUAAUAAUUUACUUUACGAAGUCAAAAUAUGGGAAACUGAAAAGAAUAUCGUAACUUAUAGAGGUGAAAAAAUAAAUCACGAGUAAACUACACCUCUAAAAAUUAUUACAGUACUAAAUCAUUUAUCCCCAAAUAAAAUCAUUGAGUUUAAUUUGCUAAUAUAUUUUGCUUAGCUGUACACGUUGGUUGGUAUAUACAUGGGUACACAUUAAAUGCAACUGAAGAGAAUGACAAUAUCUACACGUCUAUAGAGCUGUAACCAUCAAAUGCUCCACGGUUGACCAUCCUCAGCAUCGCACCAAGUUGUCG